AUGAGUUGCGAAUUCUUGAUUGACUCUGGAGCUCAGGUAAACACCUUGACAGAAGAAUCAUUCAAGAUCCUGCAUGGAACUCAAAAGUAUAGGGAUGGCGUAUACAAUAUCCAAGAACGAUCGGAUCGACCUCUCGAGGGCUACGGUUCAGCCGGCGAGAUCAACGUGAUGUACACAUUUGGAGCAUUCUUAACCGUAUCCGAGGAUCGUACAAUUCUGUUAGAAAAGUUUUAUGUUGUACGGGAAUGCCGGUCUCUUCUUGGCAGACAAACCGCAACUCGAUAUAGCAUUCUUCUGCUCGGUUUACAAGUACCAGUGGAAUCCUCCCGAUUUGGGUUGCAGCAUAUGAAGAGGGAGAUAGCUAUGGUUGAAACAAUUGAGAGCUUCCCUAAAUUCAACAUACCGCCAAUUGAAAUCAGCUACGACAAGACGAGACCCGCGUGUAGGAACAUAUAUAUGAACAUCCCACCUGCCGUGAAACCUUUAGUCGAACAGCGUCUACAGCACCUCCUUUCAUCUAACAUCAUAGAGAAAGUAACCGAAGACAUGAACACCUCGUUUUGUUCAUCCAUGUUAGUGGUGCCCAAAGGACGAAACGACAUCCGGCUCGUUAUUGAUUUGCGUGGUCCGAACCGCUAUAUUAAUAGAACACCGUUUAGUAUGCCCACCUUGGAAAAAAUCCUAGUGAAUCUGAACGGGUCUAAGUGGUUCUCAACGAUAGAUCUCACGAACGCGUUUUUCCACAUAGAGCUACACGAGAACAGCCGGCAUCUGACCAACUUCUGUACGGAAUUCGGCAUGUUCCGUUACGUCAGACUUCCCUUCGGGCUGUGCAAUGCGCCCGACAUCUUCCAGGAAGUGAUGCAAAGGAAGAUUCUAGCAGGCUGCAAAGGAGUUGAUAAUUAUUUAGAUGAUAUGAUUGUUCAUGGUGCAACAAAAGAAGAACACGACGCAAACCUUGCUGCUGUACUGGCACGUCUCGAAGAGCACAACGUGAAAAUAAAUACUUCGAAAUGUGUUUUCGCAAGCCAAUCUGUGAAGUUUAUUGGCUUCAUGUUAACUCCUGAUGGAUGGGAAGUUGAAGAGGAAAAGUUGAGCGCAAUCCGAAAUUUUCGAAGACCGGACACAUGUUCAGAAGUAAAAAGCUUCCUCGGUCUCAUCACAUACAUCGACAGGUUUAUCUUGGACCGUGCAACGAAAACUGAAAAACUUCGCGCUUUAGCUAACGCUGAAGUAUUCUAUUGGACAGCAGAAGAAGAACACGAGUUUUCCAAUCUUCAAAACGGAGCAGUCAACGUAAUCAAAAAGCUGGGUUAUUUUUCUACUACGGACAGAACGGAACUAUUCGUUGAUGCCUCCGGAAUCGGACUAGGGGCAGUUUUAAUUCAGUUCAACGAUAACGACAUCCCACGGAUCAUAGCAUGUGCAUCGAAGGCUUUGACUUCUACAGAGCGAAAAUACCCGCAAACACAAAAGGAGGCACUCGCUGUCGUCUGGGGAGUCGAACGGUUCAAAUUUUAUUUGACAGGUAUCUCCUUUGUCAUUCGAUCGGACGCAGAAGCAAAUGAAUUUAUUUUUCAAAGCGACCAUCGGAUCGGAAAAAGGGCGGUAUCGCGAGCAGAAGCCUGGGCACUACGCCUACAGCCUUAUGAUUUUGUCAUCAAGAGGGUCCCUGGAUUGCAGAAUAUUGCGGAUGUUUUGUCGAGAUUAAUUAAAGCAUCCCAUGAAGCGAUUCCAUUUGAAGACGACAACGAAGGCCAUUACUUAUUCACACUGGACGCUGGGUGCAUGGACAUCACCUUAGGGGACAUUGAAGUUCAUUCCGAGAAUGAUGAAGAGCUUAAGGGAGUGCGAAAGGCUUUAAAAUUCGGGAAAUGGCCACGCGAAUUACGCAGAUUCGAAGCACAGUCAAAAACGCUACACUAUCUUGGAUCGCUGAUUUACAACGGCGACAAAAUCGUUCUACCAGGUUCACUUCGAAUACAAGCACUGGAAUCAUCACACUCGGGGCACAUAGGAGAAGUCUCGAUGAAAAGGAUAAUGCGGGAAUUCUUUUGGUGGCCAGGAAUGGCCACUGAAACAGAACAAUUUGUGAAAAAUUGUUCAACUUGUUGUCAACUAGCCAGAAAAAAUCCCCCGAUCCCUCUAUCAUCUCGUGAACUGCCAGAAAACCCAUGGGAAAUUAUUCAGAUCGAUUUCCUCGAAAUCCCGGGCUGCGGAUCAGGUGAGUUCCUUGUCCUCGUGGACAUAUAUUCACGGUUUCUCACAGUCGUCGAAAUGCGCCGAACAAACGCCGAUUGUACAAAUGCAGCCUUAUGUGAGAUUUUCAAACGAUGGGGAGUUCCUCGUAUUAUCCAAAGCGACAAUGGGCCCCCAUUUCAAAGUUCUACGUUUUGUACUUUCUGGGAGGAAAAGGGCGUAAAACAAAGGAAAGCUAAAACAGACCCAAUCUUCUCGGCGGAGCGCUAUACCGUUGUCGCUAGGCAGGGAGCCAAAGUUGUUGUUGUCAGUCAAAACGGAAUUCAGUAUGCACGGAACAUACAGGACAUCAAAAGAGCACCAUCAAUGGAAUUGGAGAACGAUGAAUCUUUGGUACUCGGAGGACACGAUGAAUCGUCGACUAUUCCUGCCGAUAAUCAUUCUUCGGCUCCAGUUCAAACAGAACCAGGAAACUUACAGCCGCCGGGGACAUCUCUUCGUUCUCGAGCUAGUCUAAGGAAGCCACCUAGGUACAACAGUGACUACGUUUACACCGUCUUCCAAUAA